ACGGCCAAGAUCCAUUCACAAAAAGUGGAAAAUCAACGGUCAUAAAUGAGCACCCUUUUCUAAGUUGUAAAACGCGAUUUCGACGGAAGUACAGAAAUUCACACAGUGUGAAAAAGCAGAUCGACCGAAACCCUAAUCUCUCCUUUCGCUGCGUUGAGAAGUUUCUUACUAAUGGCUGAAGCAAAAUCAACUAUGAGGAAACCAGUGUUCACAAAAGUUGAUCAGCUGCGGCCUGGCACCAGUGGGCAUAAUCUCACUGUGAAGGUUGUUAGCGCGAAGACGGUACUGCAGAAGGGCCGUCCAGAUGGCCCCCAAGUACGCCAAAUGCGGAUUUCUGAGUGCUUGGUUGGUGAUGAAACUGGGACAAUUGUAUUUACUGCAAGGAAUGAACAAGUGGAAUUGAUGCAGACUGAUGCUACUGUUAUUUUGCGCAAUGCGAAAAUCGACAUGUUUAAGGGGUCAAUGAGGCUUGCUGUGGAUAAGUGGGGCCGCGUAGAACUGACCGAACCAGCCAGCUUCGCUGUUAAAGAGGAUAAUAACCUGUCAUUGGUUGAAUAUGAACUGGUCAACGUGGUCGAAGAGUGACUCAUAAAAAUGUAGUCACUCCUACUAAUCUGGGGCCAAAACAACUGAAUCAGGCAAAAGAAAGUGGGGUUUGUGGUUUAUGAGAUUGGCAAAGCAAUGUUUAAGUUAUUUUCCAGAUCAUUCUGUUCGCACAGUUCCUGGGAAAGUCCUGUUUAGGAAGAAAAUCUUGGAGUCAAGUCUAAAAGAGAAGUGCAAUCGUAUCGGGGAGGCCUUCAAAGGUAGCUAGUGGAACAAGUUGUCUUAACGCCACUGGUGCACAGUCGGUUGAGAACUUGCUUUGGUUGUUUCUUUAUGUUAAACGUGGAUUACUCUCGUUCUGGGUGGUAGAGAGACUAUUUUGGUUCGUAUAGUUUUAUUAGUGUUGAGUUUAAUGACGGUUUGCCCGUGUUUCAUAUUUAUGGAUUUGAUCUGUUGGAUGUGUGAAAA